AGUACGUGCCUCUGUGGGCUGGGUAUUGUGAUUAUUUCUCGCACGGCUCGCGGAGCUCAUUCACGUAAAUCAGUGCAAAUAUAAAACAUCUUCCGCUCGCGCAGUUAGUUCGUUCCAACGAUUGGUCGCGCAGUAGAAGGAAGUGCUUAUCCCGGGUGUGCGCUCCGGGAUUGUGGUGAAGAAGAACGAAAGAACGUUGAGGGAAGCAUUUUUUGCAACGUUCGCGGGGGAAAACCUGGGUGAAAAGUGUGAAAAAGUUUACGAAUUUUCGCCCGCAAAGUUUAGCUCCUCAGCAUUAGCGGUACCGAAUUGUUUGCGGAAAGAAAACGAGUACGUGUGUUGUCGGUGGGAGUAUUUUUGCUUCUUCUCCCCUUUUCACAACUGCAGAUAAAACGUGCUUCAGCAACAAAGGACGGGGAUGGGAGUGUGAAAAACCACCCAACUGCGGACAUUCCCCGUUGCCAGGUGACUGCGUUGUUGUGUGGCGUGUUUGCUUGGAUGCUGCGCGUGGCACUGGCAGGCGGUGACGAAUACCGCGUGUGAUUGUGUCCCGGAUGGUGUCCGAGUGAUUGUCAACACAGAGCCGUGUGUCCCCACGGUGUGUCGUAUGGGAAGCACAUUCCCCUGUCCGAAAAUUGUCCUCCUCACGCGACAAACAGCACCUGCGGAAGUGUGUGAGAAAACGUGACGUGAGUACGCAAGAGUAGUGUGCUGGUGUGAGAGGGAGAGAAAAAGUGAAAUUAACCUACUUCCACGGCCGCGAACGUGACGCGUGUCUCUGCGUGUGUGUGUGUGUGUUUGUAUGCGGUUCGAUGUCAUCACAAAAAUAUGCAUACGAGAUUGGGCAACUGUUGAAGAAUUUGAAUGCGACCACUAGCAACAUACCGCCAGAAAAUAGCUCCACCACAGCAACCAUGCCGGCGGACCAGCAGCACACUCACACCAACCCCACCACCACCACCACCACCGCUCACGGCGUGCUCGGCUGGAGUUGCGAAAACGUAAGCGAAUGGGCGCGGAAGGAGGGCCUGUCGCGGUGCAUCAUCGAGUGGAUCGCCCGGGAGGACAUCGAUGGGCGCUGUCUGCUCGCGAUUACCGAACAGGAUGUGCACGAUCUACCGCAACACUGUGCCUCGCCGCUGCGCUUUGGCGACAUUAAGCGCUUCUGGUUUGCCACGCGGCUCCUGCAGCGGCAACAUUUGGCCACGACGGGCCCGCUCGGUUUGGCGGGCCUGUGGACGCCCGACUACAGUAUGAACGAUAUCGCCUCCUCCGUCGGACACCAUCAUCCGAUGCAUCAUCAGCAGCAGCAGCAUGCUGGCAUGGGGACGCCCCAUCAUCAUCCACAUCAGCAUCCACAUCAGCAUCAUCAUGCGUCGCAGCACCAUCAUCACCAUGCCGCCGCCUCGCUGCUGUCCAGCAUGGGCACCAGCUACGGUUCGGUCGGGUACAGCUACAGCGACCUGGAGCGCAUCUCCCCGCCAAUGUCCAUCGACGGGUGCGCUACGUGCAUUCAGCCGGAAUUUUUCAAAACCAUGAUAAGUUUAGGAUACGCCUUUCUCGUUACCUGGAUCACCGCGUUCGUGAUGGUGGUGGUGCACGAGCGGGUGCCGGACAUGAAGAAAUAUCCGCCCCUGCCGGACAUCUUCCUGGACAAUGUGCCGCACAUACCGUGGGCCUUCCACAUGUGCGAGGUAACCGGCACGAUACUGUUCUGCAUCUGGAUAUGCGUACUGGUAGUGCACAAGCACCGGAUGGUGCUGUUGCGCCGGUUCUUCGCCCUGGCUGGUACCGUGUUUCUGCUGCGCUGCGUAACGAUGCUGAUUACGUCCUUGAGCGUACCGGGAACCCAUCUGGAAUGUACGCCGCACGAUCACAAGUUCGACGACAGCAACGUGCGCAUAACGGAAAUGAUCUAUCUGCGAAUCAGCCGUGCCUACACCAUCUGGAGCGGGCUCGGCAUGUCCAUACAGGGCGUCCGCACAUGCGGUGACUACAUGUUUAGCGGCCACACCGUCGCCCUCACGCUGCUCAACUUCUUCAUUACCGAAUAUACGCCCCGGAACCUGUACUUCCUGCACACGCUCACCUGGCUGCUGAACAUGUUUGGCAUCUUCUUCAUACUGGCCGCCCACGAACAUUACUCAAUCGACGUGUUCGUGGCGUUCUACAUAACCUCGCGACUAUUUCUGUACUAUCACACGUUAGCUAACAAUCAGGCCCUCAUGUCGCACGAUUCCAACCGUACACGCAUAUGGUUUCCCAUGUUCAGCUACUUCGAAAGCUCGGUCGACGGUAUCAUCCCGAACGAGUACGACACGGUGUACGGCGUGGUGUACAAGAUCUUUGCCUGCGUGCUGUACGUGAAGGACGUGUGCAUGCUCACCGCCCGCCGGUUCUGGAUCACCAACAUCGACGGGCCGGCCGGCGUGCUGAGGACGAAGGUGGUACUGCUGCAGCACCUGCACCUGCAGCAGAAGCAGCAAGGCCGUGCGCAACCACCAGCAUCGUCCAGUGCCGGCGAUGAGACGGACCUAGCCGGCAACGGGGGCAAAGGCGGCGGCGCGGUGGAACCGAAAGCUACACAGCUGCCGAACAAUCUCGACAGUGCGGCACAACCGAACAACACCGGCAGCAACCGUACGCCGGAACGCAAGCCCGUCAAGUGUAACAACAUCAUCGGCGCGGACGUGGACGUGGCCAGCUUGAAGCGUAAAUCGUUCGGCAACAUUAACGCGACGCUGCCGAAAAGUGUGAACGAAUCUUUGAAGCUGAACAACAAUAAUAACAAUAAUAACAACAUUAACAACUACCAUCUGCCUUCGGCCGCCGCGGUAAGCAAUGGCAAUGGGACUGGGAGUGAGGCGAGUGGACCAAAGGACAACACCAAGAAGAAGGAGCUGUAGUGCUUCGUAGCAGUGCUGUGUUACUACAAUCGAGAUCGCUUUACUUUUGCGAUGAAGAGGCUUUUCUGAAAGCUUCCUAUAUGUGGUGGGAGCUUUCCCUCCACGGUAGUUACUAUUAAUUUAAUUUAAUUAUCAGGGGUUACACUAAAGACAUCGUUUAUUCGUUGCAUUACUCCGGGCUUGUCGUAGUGAGGGAAGAAACGGAUGCAUACUAUAGUCUGUAAUGUUGUGUACUUCGUUUGCUGUUAUAUCUAUCAUUGGUUGCGCAUAAACUGCUGUUAUAGAUGUGAGGAAAAGGCCAACAGUAUGUAACGUUGUUAACCAGCCACCGAGCAAGUGUUGACAUGUGAAAAAUCCUAUUCCCGAACGGAUUUUUCGUACAAACGAUCAAAUAGGAGCCCCGCAACAAGGUGUGGUUCGUUCGUAACAGAGAGAACUGGAAACUGCUUGUGAUAUUGUUUUUUUUUUUAUCAGAUAGUAAUGCCGUCAGCCAUUGCCCGUUGAUUUUCGUGAAUGUUAGCCGUUUCUUUCGCGUGCGCGGUUUUAUCUUCAUCCUCGUAGUUAAAUCCUCAUGUUUCCAUGUUGUCACCAGUUCGCUCUUAUUUAUUGUCAUUCCGCAGGUUGAUUUAAGUGUGGAAGUGUUUUUUUGUUUGUUUGUUUUAGGAUUAAAAAUGUAUUACUUUUACAUCUACUUGCGUCCGCUAGCGGCAAACAACUAAGAAAUCAAACAUAGUACCGUCGAAAUGUGGUUUGGUGUAACAAGACAGAGAGAGCGUUGCGUUAGACCGUUAACAAAAGCUAGAUACUUUAACAACUUCUCAAGUCCAGUGCAGCAUUAUUGGGUAUGAAUUAAGGCAAAAUGGGAAGCUAUCAACCGGUGUAAUACUAGUCGAGAGUCGAGUGCGAUUGGGCACUGAUAU